UGCCUUGGCUCUCACGAUCAAUCGUGAGGAUGGUGUAGUCAGCGAGGGUCUACAGACGCCUCGUUUUUUGUUUUUAAAACAGAUGUCAGCAGCCGAUGAAAUUCCAUGUAAACGGGAGAACCUCUAAUACUCCACAAGUCUGCUGUAUGUGGGGGAAAAGACGAAACUGUCAGGCCAUGGACGAUGUUAACGCUACUGAUGGAAUUCCCAGUCGAUGCUAGAUGGAGAAACCGAAAGGGUGGACUCGUUAUAAAUAAUUAAAGAACCCAUCUGCUGCUGGAAUAUAAGGAAAAUGCAUCUGCACCAGGUGCUGACGGGAGCUGUAAACCCUGGAGAUUGUUGUUACUCGGUUGGAAGCGUUAAUGAUAUUCCCUUUACGGCCUACGGAUCCGGAUGCGAUGUUGUGAUCUUGGCGAGUGACUUUGACUGUGUUCAGAUCAUCCCCGGAGCUCAGAAUGGGAACAUUCAGGUCGGCUGUGUGGAGUGUUCCCACCAGCUUGGCAGGAUCGCUGCUUCUUAUGGCAACACAGUCUGCAUCUUUGAGCCUCUUUCAAUCAAUCCAAAUAAACGCCACAAGCAACUGAAUUAUCAGUGGCAAAAGACAGGACAGUUCUUUCUUGAUGCCAUCACCUACAACCUGGCCUGGGACCCACAAGGGAACCGUAUCUUAGCAGCAACCGAGCGACUCCAGCUGUGGGCUCCUCCACUGGCGGAUACCCUCAUAGAGGAGGAGGAUGGGCAAAUGAUUGAGGACAAACCCCACCCUGUCCUUAAUGACUGGAACUGUAUCUGGCAGUGCAAGACUGCGGCAUCUAUUCACAUCGCCAAGUGGUCCCAUGAUGGGGAGUACUUUGCAACAGUUGGGAAGGAUGACUGUUUACUUAAGGUGUGGUAUCCCACCACUGCCUGGCGCUCAGCAGUGGUGGUCCAGGACCCGCCUGACAAAAGGUCUCCACCUGUUCACUUCUCCUUUGUUUACUUGGCCCAUCCUCGCUCUGUCACUGGUAUGUCUUGGAGGAAGACCAGCAAAUACAUGCCCAAGGGAACAGUCUGCAAUGUUUUGCUCACAUCCUGCGAGGAUGGUGUGUGUAGGUUAUGGUCAGAAACCCUUUUACCAGAAGACAGUCUGCUCGGUGGGCAGAUCACAGAGAACACGCAGUCUUUCAGCUCCAGCCUCCCAGGUCUGGCAGGAAACAAGGACAAAAUCCAGCAUGCUUUAGAGUCAAUCCACCACCUGAAACAGUUGCGGCGGGGCCGGCGGCGGUCCUCUGCCCUCGUGGCACACAGCGAGCUGCUGCCCUCUCAGCUGGGCACACAAGAUGCUCACACUCACCACCACAUUGCUCAUCAUGCCAACGCCCUGUGUCACUUUCAUAUCUCAGCCAGUAUUAAUCCAAAUACAGAUAUUCCUUCAGCGCUAGCUGACUCUUCAGUAUUCAACCCUGAAGACGGCACUGGUGGUGGAGGCUUUGUGGUUCACUGGCUGAACAACAAGGACCUCAGUUUCACUUCGUCAAUGGACAUUUUUAUGAUGCAGCUCCGUAAGUUCUCUGAGCAGCACCUGGACCAGACGACUGAGGAACCUUUAGAUCCUGAGGGAUCCCCUAUGAAGUUUGAUUUUGACCUGGAUGAGAUGUCUGAUAAGGGGUCCUCGGAGCACGGAGAAGAGGCCGAUUCAGGGGAACAAGGAAGCACCAAAGCAUCCUCCCCUGGAUCCAGCUCCAGUAUGCCUUUACCAUCCAUGCUGCUAGAAAGGAAGAUGGAGACUCUGACCAUAGAGUGGAACAAGAGCCCAGACAUGUUGUUCACAAUACAUCCCACAGAUGGUUCCUUCUUGGUUUGGCAUGUAAAGUACUUGGAUGAAUUCAACCAGGGGAUUUUCAGACAAGUUCAGGUCUCCUUCUCCUCACGCAUUCCAGUAGCAUUUCCUACAGGUGAUGCUAACUCCCUAAGUAAAAACAUCCUGAUGUAUGCCUGCACUUUGACUGAUGGUGAGAGCGCCGGGACAGGCGAGCAGGGCAGAAUGGUCCAGCGAAUGUCCCGCUCAGCCUCGGUAUCCACCGGCCUAGGUUCGACUGCUGUCUCCCCCUCACCAAAACUUCGCCCUGGCAUUAGCCCUGCAGUCAUGAUGGUCUCGAAGCAUGUCGAUGGAUCUCUCAACCAGUGGGCAGUGACAUUUGCUGAGCGUUCUGGCUUCUCCAACGUCCUCACUGUAUCUCACAAGAUUCGGUACUGCGGUCAUCGUUUCCACCUGAAUGACCAGGCCUGUCACACAGUACUGCCGCUCCUGCUCACCUCCUCCCACCACAACGCCCUGCUGACCCCCCCCUCAGCCCCUAGCAGUUUGGAAGGCGAGCAGCCCCCGUCCUUUCCUCCACCAAAAGGACUUCACAGGAAGCAGCUUCGUAAUGCAGCUACAAGGACUUUCCACGACCCAAACGCCAUUUAUAGUGAGCUGAUUUUGUGGAGGGUGGACCACAUCGGACCCCUGUCCUGCACUGGGGGGGUCUCUGAGCUGGCCCGUAUUAACUCUCUGCACACGUCUGCCUUUAGCAAUGUUGCUUGGCUGCCUACACUGGUGCCCAGCACUGUACUUGGAACCUACUGUAACAGUGCCAGUGCCUGCUUUGUGGCGUCAGACGGUAAAAACCUGCGUCUCUAUCAAGCGGUUGUGGACGCCAGAAAACUACUGGAUGAGCUUUCCGAUCCUGAAACAUCUAAACUGGUGGGGGAAGUGUUUAACAUCGUCAGUCAACAGUCCACUGCCAGACCUGGAUGUAUCAUCGAGCUGGAUGUCAUCACAAACCAGUGUGGCUCCAGCACCCAGCUGCUGCAUGUCUUCCAAGAGGAUUUCAUUCUAGGUUACAAACCUCAGGAAGAAUCAGAGGCAUACACACCAGCCUUUUCAACUGGAGAAGAUUACCAACCUGCCCCAUUUUCUGAGAAGUUCUUCUUGGUGGUAAUAGAAAAGGAUCUAAAUGGGAACUCUGUCCUGCAGAUGUGGCACCUGCACCUCCAGUCUGUGCAGGCCUGCGUCGAUCAGCCCAGCCAACAGUUUAGUUUCCAGAGCCAGCUCGUGGUUCCCAAUCAAGUUGUGAAUGCUGACUCUUCCCCAGAGACCUCUCCAAUCAGACCCCUGCCACGAUCAGCUUCUUCAGCCAACUUGCAAUCAGCCAGCAAACUUAUCCUCAGUUCCAAGCUGGUGUACAGCAAGCGACUAGACUUACCGCAUGGGGUGGAAGUUACCAGGGCAACACCGUCCGCAGGUCAUCUGAGCUCCUCCUCCAUCUACCCUGUCUGUCUGGCUCCUUACCUAAUUGUUACUACCUGCUCUGAUUCUCACGUGCGCUUCUGGCGUUGCGCCAUGGAGGGUGAUGACAGAGGUGACAUGGAAAGCCGGGUGUACCGCUGGGAACCGUGGGUACUUAUGAACGAGGAGAAGGACAACAACAGUGCAGUGUGUGUGUCGGGGAGGCCUGUGGCUGUUUCCUGCUCCUACAUCGGCAGGCUAGCCGUAGCCUUUAAACAACCACGGCAAGGACUGCUGCAUAGUUCAGUCGAAGACUUCUCUAUGCACGUUUCCAUUUAUGAGUGUGAAUCUACCGGUGGCUCUGAGUGGGUUUUGGAGCAAACGGUCCACCUUGAUGACUUUGUCAGACCCUCUUCAACACUGGAUCCAAGAGUCAGUGUGGAUUCCAACCUUUUUGUCUACAGCAGGUCUGAUUUGUACAUGAGCAGAAACCAUAGCUCGCCCAAUAUUAAGCACUUCAUCCACCUGGACUGGCUAUCUAAGGAGGAUGGAUCCCACAUUCUUACAAUAGGGGUCGGCUCUAACAUCCUUAUGUAUGGCCGCAUAUCUGGCAUGGUCAAUGAGCAGACUAGCAGCAAGGAGGGUGUGGCUGUAAUCACCCUUCCUCUAGGGGGCAGUAUCAAACAGGGGAUUCGUUCACGCUGGAUCCUGCUUCGCUCCAUUGACCUCCUGUCGUCCGUUGACGGUACACCUUCGCUGCCAGUCUCCUUGUCUUGGGUGAGGGAUGGCAUCCUGGUGGUGGGUAUGGACUGUGAAAUGCAUGUCUAUGCCCAGUGGCAUCAGGACAAGAAGCCUGGUGAGGGAGAGGAGGGCAACAUGUCAUCUGCAGACAUUGCUGGUGGUCAGACUACAGUCACCUCCUCUGUCUUUGAAGGACGAGCCAGGUCCAAGAGUGUGUUUGAAGGUAGCACUGGGAUGGAUGAAGCCCUCCGUGCCCCUGCAGGACUACAAGAAGGUGGACUGUUUGAGGCAGCUCAUUCUCUUUCGCCCACUCUACCCCAGUACCACCCAACUCAGCUGCUGGAACUCAUGGACCUGGGCAAAGUUCGACGGGCCAAGGCCAUACUGGCGCAUCUGGUAAAGUGUAUAGCUGGAGAAGUUGCUGUGGUCAGGGAUGUGGAGGCAGGUGAAGGCGGAUCUAGGAGGCAUCUCUCCCGAACCAUAAGCGUGACCGGAAGCACAGCAAAAGACACUAUUGUCGCAGGCCGAGAUGGAGGAAGGGAUUACACAGAGAUCAACUCCAUUCCUCCGUUGCCCCUCUAUGCCUUGAUGUUGGCCGACCUGGACACCUCAUUCAAGGGAGCUGAAGAAAGCGCUAAAAAGGCUAAAGUUGUUGAUGGUGAAUCAGCUCAAAAAUCCACAGAAGACCAGUAUGCUGAUCUCUUCCAGGUGCCAGCAGUUACUACAGAUGACUUUGUAAACUUUGCUACUGAUAAACCAGAGAAGAAAUCUCGAGUUAUCAACCUCUCGCAGUAUGGACCCACUUAUUUUGGACCAGAGCAUGCUCAGGUAUUGUCCAGUCACCUCAUGCACUCCAGCCUCCCAGGACUGACCAGGCUGGAGCAGAUGUUCUUGGUGGCCUUGGCAGAUACGAUUGCAACCACGAGUGCUGAAGUUACAAGCUCUUCUGAUCAACAGUACACAGGUGGAGAGGCUCUUGAUGAGUGUGGACUGAGGUACCUGCUCGCCAUGCGUCUUCACACCUGCCUGCUCACUUCCUUGCCUCCACUUUAUCGUAUGCAGCUGCUUCACCAGGGCCUUUCCACAUGCCACUUUGCAUGGGCCUUCCACUCAGAGGCAGAGGAGGAGCUGCUGAACAUGAUUCCUGCCAUGCAGAGAGGCGACCCACAGUGGUCUGAGCUGAGAGCUGUCGGAGUGGGAUGGUGGAUACGUAACAUCAACACUCUGCGGAAGAUGGUGGAGAAGCUGGGUAAAGCUGCGUUCCAGAGGAACAACGACCCUUUAGAUGCUGCUCUAUUCUACUUGGCCAUGAAGAAAAAAGCUGUUCUGUGGGGUCUCUUCAGGUCUCAGCAUGAUGAGAAGAUGACUCGGUUCUUCAAAAGCAACUUCACUGAGGACCGCUGGCGAAAGGCAGCUCUCAAAAACGCUUUCUCCCUGUUGGGAAAGCAGCGCUUUGAACAGUCUGCUGCUUUUUUCCUAUUAGCUGGCUCCCUUAAAGAUGCUAUAGAGGUGUUGAUGGAAAAGAUGGAGGAUCUCCAGUUAGCCAUGAUAGUAGCGAGGCUAUAUGAGGCUGACUUUGAGAAUUCGUCCACCUGCCAAGGCCUCCUUUACGAGAAGGUUCUGGGCUGUAACCGGGACGGGAGCGGUUAUCACUGUUCCAGACUGCACCCGGACCCUUUCCUUCGCAGCAUAGCCUACUGGAUCAUGAAAGAUUACACCCGAGCCCUGGAUACACUCUUAGAGAGAAACCCCAAGGAAGAUGAGAAUCCGGAUGUCAUGGUGAAAUCUUGCAACCCUGUGGUAUUCAGUUUCUAUAACUACUUAAGGACACAUCCUUUGAUCAUCCGUCGGCACUUUGCAAAUCCAGAGGGCACAGCAACAACUGUGGGCCUCACUGCUGAAAAAAGCAGCGCAGAUGAGAUCAACCUUAUAGAGCGCAAACUGUUCUUCACUACUGCCAAUGCACACUUCAAGGUGGGUUGCCCAGUUUUGGCUCUAGAAGUGCUCUCCAAGAUCCCCAAAGUAAGCAGGAAAUCUGGCUCCUCACCUCUUAGCAAAGCUUCAUCGAAGGCAAAUGUAAAUGCGAGCCAAACAUUAGAAAAUGGCACCCAGGGAGUUGUGGACUGGGGCUCCACUGCAGUACCGGCUCAUGCCUGGGGAGUAAAUGAUAGUGUUGGUGGGCUGGACUGGAGCCAGCCUGAUGUCAAGGUGGAAGAAGACGCACUGCAGCUCGACUGGGGGGAUGACAAGGAAGAUGAUGAAGAUGAAGAGGAAGACGGUUUAACCAUGAAGAAACCAGAGAUUGAGAACAAAGAUUCAAAGAAUGAUCGUCCCAAACUGCAAAGAGAAGACUCACAGGGUGAGUCAGAAGUGGAUGUUAUUGCAGAGCAGCUGAAGUUUCGUGCCUGUCUGAAGAUCCUGAUGACUGAGCUGCGAACGUUGGCCACAGGUUUCGAGGUAGAUGGAGGGAAGCUCCGCUUUCAGCUCUACAGCUGGUUGGAGAAGGAGAUUGCAGCCAUGCAUAAGAUCUGUAACUAUAAGGUAGAGGGGAAGGAGGAAAGAUCAGAGGUAGAGAGAAAUCGUACGGCAUCUGUGGACAUUUCAGAUGAGGCACUAGAGAAUAUGGAGGCCGGAGCUUAUGAACGACACCAGAUGGAGCGACGUCGUCUUCAAGCCAAGCAGCAGCAUUCUGAGAGGCGCAAGGCGUGGCUGAGGAAGAACCAGGCCCUGCUGAGGGUGUUUCUGUCCUACUGCAGCCUUCAUGGAGCCAAGGGAGGAGGGGUCACCUCUGUUCGUAUGGAGCUUCUCUUCCUCCUGCAAGAGAGCCAGCAGGAGACCACGGUGAAGCAACUGCAGUCUCCUCUGCCUCUGCCUACAACUCUGCCUCUGCUGUCAGCGUGCAUCGCCCCCACCAAGACGGUCAUAGCCAAUCCUGUCCUCCACCUCUGCAACCACAUACACGACAUCCUCUACACCAUCACGAUGUUGGAGGCCCCACCACAUCCAGACAUCAUUUCCGAUCGGGUAAAUGCUCUUCACACGCUGGCAGCAUCUCUGUCUGCUUGUGUCUACCAAGCCCUAUGUGACAGUCACAGUUACAGCAGUCAAACAGAAGCCAACCAGUUUACAGGGAUGGUGUACCAGGGGCUGUUGCUAAGUGAAAGGAAGCGGCUUCGUACGGAAAGCAUUGAAGAACAUGUUACUCCGAACUCUGCUCCUGCACAGUGGCCAGGUGUGUCGUCCCUGAUCUCGCUGUUGACGUCUGCGAGGGAGGAGGACCAGCCGAGGCUCAGCGUUCUCCUGUGUGAGGCAGUUGUGGCUGUUUAUCUUUCGCUGCUCAUCCACGGCCUGGGCACUCACAACAGCAACGAGCUCUUCCGCCUGGCAGCGCAUCCCCUCAAUAACCGCAUGUGGGCCGCUGUCUUUGGAGGAGGAGCAAAAGUCAUUAUUAAGCCUAAGAGGCCCGAGCUCCCUCCAGCUCCCCUUAGCAAGGAGUGCUCAUUGGUCGAGGCUGAGCAUCCCUCUCAGACUAAAUCUGAAUCUGAGACUAAACCAGCGGCCCCCACUCAGCCCCCUGCGGAGGAUGUGGACCGAUACAGGCGCAGAUUCAACAUGAGGAUGCUGGUUCCAGGACGCCCUGUAAAAGAGACGCCUGCCACCCCGCCACCUGUGCCUGCAGAGAGACCCACCUACAGAGAAAAGUUCAUCCCGCCAGAGUUGAGCAUGUGGGACUACUUUGUAGCUAAACCGUUCCUGCCGCUCUCAGACAGCAAUGCUUUGUAUGACUCAGACGAAAGCGGCGCUGAAGAUGAUGAGGAUGACGAUGAUGCCUUCCUGUCUGACACACAGAUAACAGAGCAUUCCGAUUCCAACUCCUACAGCUGGGCUUUGAUCCGUUUGGUCAUGGUCAAACUGGCUCAUCACAAUGUCAAGAACUUUAUCCCUCUCACCGGCCUUGACUUCACAGAUCUACCAGUCACGUCCCCUCUUAGCAACGCUGUGUUGAAGACUUUGGAGAACUGGGAACAACUUUUACUGGAGCGGAUGAACAAGUUUGAUGGUCCACCUCCCAAUUACAUCAACACUUACCCCACUGACCUGAGCGCAGGAGCUGGCCCUGCCAUACUGCGACACAAGGCCAUGCUGGAGCCAGACAACACACCCUUCAAGACAAAGAACCAUCAGUCCUUCCCAGUUCGACGUCUUUGGCAUUUCCUUGUCAAACAGGAAGUUCUACAGGAAACUUUGAUCCGUUACAUCUUUACCAAGAAAAGGAAGCAGAGUGAGGUGGAGGCAGAUCUGGGCUACCCUGGAGGAAAGGCUAAAAUUAUUCACAAGGAGUCUGACAUAAUUAUGGCAUUUGCUAUUAAUUGGGCCAAUUCCAAUGAGAUCGUGCUGGCAUCCACCCAUGACGUCCAGGAGGUGGAUGUGUCCACUCUAGUGGCUGUCCAGCCCUACACCUGGAUAGGAGAGGACUUUGAUAAGGAAUCCCGAAGCUCUGAUGACAUAGACCAUCGUUCCUCUCACACAAACAUCGCCCAGGCGAGCUCGGUGUCCUUUGCACCACCACCAAUGCCUGUCUCUGCUUCCAUGCCGUGGCUCGGUAGUGGUCAGACCAGCAUGGGAGCCAGCGUGAUUAUGAAAAGAAACCUAAAUAACGUAAAGAGAAUGACAUCACACCCUAUAUAUCAGUAUUACAUGACGGGGGCUCAGGAUGGCAGCGUGAGAAUGUUUGAAUGGAACAGGCCACAGCAGCUCAUUUGCUUCAGACAAGCGGGCAACGCUCGUAUCACUCGGCUCUAUUUCAACUCCCAAGGCAAUAAGUGCGGAGUUGCUGAUGGAGAGGGUUUCCUCAGUCUCUGGCAGGUCAACCAGACAUCCUCCAAUCCCAAACCCUACCUGAGUUGGCAAUGUCACUCAAAGACCUGCGGAGAUUUUGCCUUCAUCACAUCCUCCAGCCUGAUCGCCACCGCUGGACAGUCCAAUGAUAACAGAAAUGUUUGCUUGUGGGACACUCUGAUUUCACCUGGCAAUACUAUUGUCCACGCGUUCCCCUGCCAUGAAAACGGGGCCACUGUGCUCGAGUAUGCUCAGAAACAGCAGCUGCUCAUCACUGGAGGCCGGAAAGGUUUCGUGUGUGUGUUUGACAUCCGCCAGAGACAGCUGCUGCACACUUUCCAGGCUCAUGACUCAGCCAUCAAGGCCCUCGCCCUGGAUCCCUUUGAGGACUUCUUCGUUACCGGCUCUGCAGAGGGCAACAUAAAGGUCUGGAAGUUAGCAGGCCAUGGGCUCAUGCACUCUUUUAGCAACGAGCAUGCCAAGCAGUCCAUCUUCCGCAACAUUGGCGCUGGUGUCAUGAAAGUGGAGACACGUCCGGGGAACCGAAUCUUCACCUGCGGAGCAGACGGCACCCUGAAGAUGAGGGUUCUGCCUGACCGCUACAAUAUUGCCAGCAGCAUUGUUGAUAUCCUGUGAUGCCUGCUUCCACAUCUGAAGGUCCACAAAGGAAAAAGACACACAGAAGAAAAAUAUGAAGGCUUAACAGCCUUUAAAGAAAAGAAUUAGGAUGGAGUUUGUCAACAGAUUGCCAUGCUUUCGGCACCUUUAAGUGUGCAAUGUACAUGGGUUUAUUGCUAAAGUAGAAUUUAUUCAGAGUGACAAACAGAGCAGCAAACAUUUCUUUUUGUCCCAAAGGCUUGAAACAAACUAACAAGCAAAAGGUACCAUACUUGAUUUUAAAGCUAGAUUUGUUGUAAUUUUAUUGAUGAAUCUCUUCUCAUAGAGUGUGUUCAUAGGGAAGCUAUGCAUGUCCUGUUCUCGUUACGCGGUGCAAUCACAGGUCUAUUGAUAGUGCUCUGUAAAAGUGCUCAAGCAAAAAUUAAAAAAGUGUGUAACUGUCGUCAUUUUGUGCCCACAGCUGAAAUCUUUUAGCAUCUACUGUAACCAGCACUGUGGUUCAUUAUAAAGUCAGUGGUUUCCAGUGUGA